AUGGGGGCCUAUUUCGCCAAGGUUUUCGGUUCCGUUGACAACCUCAAAAUCACGACGCAUUCGAUUUAUGAUCAGAAAACCUUUACUGCUUGGGAAUGGGAGGUAACGUUCAACUACGUGAAUCCCGUGGAGGAGGUGGCUCAUGAGAAGGUAGGAGCCAUAAGAGCGUGGCGAGAUACGAAUACAGACAAGAAAUGGCUCCAGCUCCACCCGCAUCAAGAGUGGUACGAAGACUAUUAUCAUUCCUCCGUCCAGGAUCUGGACCGUUUUUUCGUAAGGUAUCUCAAGGGCGAAGAAAAGGGCUGGGAAGCAGCUCCAAAAGUGCGCGUCUCGCUGUACCGCUAUGGAGAUAAAUAUCCUGUCUACGAUCAGGUCGAGACCGACUAUCCUAUACCCCGGACUAAGUACACCAAACUAUUUCUUACUCGAGACCAUAAGUUGGCGGAUAAACCUGACACGUCAGACGCGAGCCCGAAGGUCGUCGGGAGUGGCAACCUGUUCCAUUGUGAGAAAGCAGACUGCAUCCUCAUAAAUCCUUUUAAGUAG